AUGUCCCACGACCAAAGCGAGAUGACUCGCAAGGUAAUUAGCAUCUCGCCCAACUGGGAUACUCGAGUCACAGUACAUGAAUAUGAAUCCUCACGGGACCAAAAUAACAAACAAGUCCAGAUAAUAUCAAACAGUGCUGUGUUUGAAGUCCAGCGAGAGAUAUUGUCAAGCAUUGAAUAUUUCACCGCAAUGUUCAAAGGCCAAUGGAGAGAAUCGGACGAGCAAGACAUAUCCUUGCACGAAGAUGAAGUCGAGGCCAUGGAAAUACUGUUUCGGGGUAUGCACAAUACAGUCGACAUGACUCCCUCCUCUCCGGUUUCUGUUGCAACGAUUUGGAACCUGAUCGGUGCAUGCGCUAAGUAUCAGGUCGAGUUUCGACAUGGGACGCUCAAAACCUGGUUAGUCUCGUGGUACGAAGCCAAACGCCGGUCUACCAUAUACGUUGCCGACUACUUCCUUGAGAGAACCUUACUAUAUCCCUUUUACGCUUUUGACUACCCGGAAGGGUUCCAGAAAAUUUCCCAUACUCUAGCCUAUGGUAGUAGGGGCCAUAUAUCCGAAUAUAAUCCCACUAAUCGCCAUGUCUUACACCUACCCCCCAGAGUGAUGCAGCAGUUGAAUGCAGCCCGCGGCCGCCUCCGCAAUAUCCUUCACAAUGGUCUGUUUGAACACGCCGCUAACAUGCUCCGUCACGCCACAUGUUCGUGUAAGGAGAAAACUUUCUUCGAGUAUUUCAAAGAACUCGAAUCCAUCGAAGUCUGGCCUCUAGAAAAUACCAUGAAGCAUCGCAGUAUCGACGAUAUUAUCGGCAACCUUCGAGGGUUCAACGCCUCCAAAGUCACCGCUCACCUGAAGAAAGCGAGAUCGAAAGACUGGAAGGGCAUAGUUUCAUCCACGGCAGACACUGUGAAGGGAUACUUUCAUGGAUUAUGCCUCGAUUGUAUGAGCGUGACCAAGGCCCUGCAGGAAGGUCGGGACCCCGACCAUGAGUACUGGUGCAGUGGUAAACGCUUGAAAUGGGACUCCAACUGUCGGGUCACUCAUGGUGAGCCUGGUAUUUCAGCUUUAUGGGCCGCCGGGAGAAGCGAGGGAUGA